AUGGCGAUCACAUAUGAUAAAGACAGCGCUAUGAAGGUCCAAGCCAUCCUAAGCUCGCGGGAUGACUGGCACAUAUGGCCUGAGCUGCUGACCAAACUGACAAUUCUAUUAUGUUAUGGGUCCUUUGCCUAUACAAGGACCUUAGACCUUAGUGACUCGGCCAAGGCCUGCGCUGUCCCGAAGGCGGUGAGCCACCUACAAGACUUCCUCACAACAACAAUCCUUCUUUCUCCUUUCUUCUUUAGCGAUUCCUUCUUGGCCAAAGGUCUUGUAAUAUUUGACAGUGAGGCUAAAAAGAUUCUUCAUCUGGUUUAUAAAUUUCUGUACAGUAUUAACAUAUUUGCUCUUCUAUUAUGUUAUGGGUCCUUUGCCUAUACAAGGACCUUAGACCUUAGUGACUCGGCCAAGGCCUGCGCUGUCCUGAAGGCGGUGAGCCACCUACAAGACUUCCUUGCAACAACAAUCCUUCUUUCUCAUUUCUUCUUUAGCGAUUCCUUCUUGUACGUACGGCACGUCUAG